UCUCUUUUGCCUUUUCUCUUGUUUUUCUUUCCACAUUCAUUUUAUUUUAUACCAACAACAUCCAGGUGUAUCAAGCAUGUCCUCAUUUCCCCCAUUUGCUUCUGAAGCAAGAACAGGUCGGGAGAAUCAAACAUACGAUGACCAAUAUGCCCGUCAAGUUGCAGGAUGCCUACCUAUAGAUGUGAAAAAUCAACGUAUCCUUUUAGUCCAAAGCAGUAAACAUGAUCAUAUUUGGGUGAUGCCUAAAGGUGGAUGGGAAAAUGAUGAAACUGUAGAACAAGCUGCUGCUAGGGAAACAUAUGAAGAAGCUGGUGUUUGUGGAGAUAUUGUUGGUUUUAUUGGUGAUUAUAUGGAUUAUGACAAGUUUGAUCGUCCUAAAACUCAUUUUUGGUUCUAUGAAAUGCAUAUCAAAGAAAUCCUUGAUACUUGGCCAGAAAUGCGACAACGAAGAUGGUUUACGUUUGAUGAAGCCAUGCACGUGCUACGAUUCAAGCCAAUCAUGCAACGGGCUUUACAACGAUCCAGUCUUGCCUCUCUUCCUUCUGUUUAGAUGUAAUUUUAACUAGAUUAUUAUAUUUGUAUCUUUUUUCCUUUAGAUGUUUUAUUUUUUGCUUAAUCUCCCUACAAUUCAUUUGAUGCUAUCAAUUAUCUAAAUCUGAAUAAAACAAAAACCGAUGUCAUUUUUAUACCAGA